AGGAAGGCGGCGGUGGCGGCGGCGAAAGAAGAGGGGAGGACGGGGGCGGCGUCGGACUGGAGCCGAGCGGCGGCGCGAGCUGCCCGGGGCGCUGUAGUGAGCUCGCCCGCCGGGCCCCCAUCCCCGAGCUACACCCUGCCGUGCCCAGCUCUGCCCGCGUCCGUGCCCCCGCGGGGAGCGCGCCGGGGCUGCCCCCCGAAUGACGGGCGGAAGGUUCGACUUCGACGAUGGCGGCACCUACUGCGGCGGCUGGGAGGAGGGCAAGGCGCACGGGCAUGGCAUCUGCACGGGGCCCAAGGGCCAGGGCGAAUACUCGGGCUCCUGGUCGCACGGCUUCGAGGUGGCUGGAGGCUACACCUGGCCCAGCGGCAACACCUACCAGGGCUACUGGGCUCAGGGCAAGCGGCACGGGCUGGGGGUGGAGACGAAGGGCAAGUGGAUGUACCGGGGGGAGUGGUCACAUGGUUUCAAGGGGCGCUACGGGGUCCGGCAGAGCCUGUGCACCCCCGCUCGCUACGAGGGUACCUGGAGUAACGGGCUGCAGGACGGGUACGGCGUGGAGACCUACGGGGACGGAGGUACCUACCAGGGCCAGUGGGCCGGCGGAAUGCGGCAUGGCUACGGCGUGCGCCAGAGCGUGCCCUACGGCAUGGCCACCGUGAUCCGCUCGCCGCUGCGCACCUCCAUGGCCUCGCUGCGCAGUGAGCAGAGCAAUGGCAGCGUGCUCCACGACGCCGCGGCCGCUGCUGACAGCCCCGCCGGCACGCGCGGCGGCUUCGUGCUCAACUUCCAUGCCGACGCGGAGCUCGCGGGCAAGAAGAAGGGCGGCCUCUUCCGAAGGGGCUCCCUUCUCGGAAGCAUGAAACUUCGCAAGUCCGAAUCCAAGUCUUCCAUCUCCAGUAAGCGCAGCUCGGUCCGCAGCGACGCGGCCAUGAGCCGAAUCAGUUCCAGCGAUGCCAACUCCACGAUCAGCUUCGGCGACGUAGAUUGUGAUUUUUGCCCCGUGGAAGACCACGUCGACGCCACCACCACGGAAACCUACAUGGGCGAGUGGAAGAACGACAAGCGCAAUGGUUUCGGCAUCAGCGAGCGCUCCAACGGCAUGAAGUAUGAAGGCGAGUGGGCAAAUAACAAGAGGCACGGGUAUGGCUGCACCGUGUUUCCUGACGGCUCCAAAGAAGAGGGAAAAUACAAAAAUAAUAUUCUGGUCCGUGGAAUAAGGAAGCAGCUUAUACCAAUAAGAAAUACAAAAACUAGGGAGAAGGUGGACAGAGCAAUUGAAGGCGCGCAAAGGGCAGCGGCCAUGGCGAGAACCAAGGUGGAAAUAGCAAAUUCAAGGACCGCACACGCAAGAGCGAAAGCUGACGCCGCCGACCAGGCUGCCCAGGCCGCCCGCCAGGAGUGUGAUAUCGCAAGAGCGGUGGCCAGGGAGCUGUCACCUGACUUCUACCAACCAGGCCCAGAUUAUAUCAAACAGAGAUUUCAGGAAGGUGUAGAUGCUAAAGAGAAUCCAGAAGAAAAAGUACCAGAAAAGCCACCUACACCAAAGGAGUCUCCGCAUUUUUAUCGCAAAGGCACGACACCCCCCAGGUCUCCUGAAGCAAGUCCCAAGCAAAGCCACUCACCCCAGCCCUCCUCCCCAAAACCCACCAAGAAGCAGAACCCCAGCUCAGGGGCAAGACUCAACCAAGACAAACGGAGUGUGGCUGAUGAGCAUGUGACCCCCGUCGUCAAUAAGCCUUUGAUGUCAAAGGCUCCCACGAAGGAAGUAGGAGUCAUGGUGCCCACGUCCAAGUACUCUGGCCGCCACCACAUCCCCAACCCCAGUAAUGGGGAACUGCAUUCUCAGUACCACGGCUACUAUGUGAAACUGAACGCUCCCCAGCACCCCCCAGAAGACAUAGAGGAAGAGGAAGGAUCAAGCCUGUCUUCCUCAGCGCUGGUGCACAAGCCGUCACCCAACAAAUGGAGUCCCCCUAAAUCUGUGACAAAACCAGUUGCCAAAGAAAGCAAAGCUGAGCCAAAAGCUAAGAAGUCUGAACUUGUUAUACCAAAGAAUCCAACAAACAACGAUUCAUGCCCUUCUUUGGAAAAAGAAGCCAAUUCAGGCCCCAAUUCAGUCAUGAUUGUCCUUGUCAUGCUGUUGAAUAUCGGGUUGGCCAUUCUCUUUGUUCACUUUCUGACUUGACUGGAAUUAGGAGAGUGAAGUCAUGACAACUAGCGGUGUUAGCCCGCAGUUCUCUGUUCUCUGCCGUGGCAUCGUCAGCCCUUUAAAUGGCACACCCCAGUCAGACUCAGACUCAGGGAAGGAGGCUUGGAAUUAGGAUGGGAUCGCGAAAGAGAUGAAACUUGGAAAAUUCAACCAGAGGACCUGUUCGGUCCCCCUGGGAAUGCU